AUGAGGCAUAUUGAUAUUACUAACUUGAUCAAAGAUUGUAAACAGCACCUAGAAACACGUGAGGAAACGGGAGAUCAUGUGUGUUUGACGUGUGGGAAGAGCUUUAAUAGAGCUGACCAUCUGAAAAGCCACCAAAUUACUCACACGGGGGUAAAACCGUACAAGUGCUCAUAUUGUGAGAAGAGUUUCACUCAGUCUUCAAGCAUGAAGAAACACCAGAGUAUUCACACUGGAGAGAAGCCCUGUCCUCAGUGUGGAAAGAGUUUCAGAAGAAAAGUGAACCUGAACAUGCACAGAAAGACUCACACUGGAGAGAAACCGUACACCUGUACUGAAUGUGGAAAGAGUUUCUCACAGCUGGACAGUUAUAAACAGCACCAGAAAACACAUAAAGACGAGAGAGAUCAUGAGUGUUUGCAGUGUGGGAGGAGCUUUACUAGAGCUGACAGUCUGAAACGACACCAAAUGAUUCACACUGGAGAAAAACCUCACAAGUGCUCAUAUUGUGAGAAGAGUUUCAGUCAAUCUUCAUUCAUGAAAAACCUCGAGCGAAUUCACACUGGAGAGAGGCCGUACUGCUGUCCUCCAUGUCAGAAGAGUCUCAGAAGGUUAGAAAGUCUUCUCAAACAUAUGAUGAAAUAUUUUUCCAACUUCUGA